AUGGAGUUUUCUCCACAGUACACUAGAAAGCUAUCAGGGAGCAGCACCAUUAGUAGCUUUAAGGAAGAUGCCUUGGAGCAGCUUGAGUUCAACAUCAAUGAUAUCAGUCGAGCCAGCAGUCCUGCUAGUGUCAUCAGUACCAGUGCUAGAUCUGAGGGUCAUGGAUGGUUUAAAGACCGCAGACACCGCCACUCUGGACGAGGAGAAGAGGAAUAUCGAAGGAGAUAUUUUAGGAUGAAAGCAGAACUGGAGCUUGAGAGAAUGAAAGCACUGCAGCUUCAACAGGAGAGGGAGGCUGAGACGAGGAAAUGGAAAGAUGCCUUUGAGAAUGAUAAAAGACUUCAGAUAGCUGCACUUCACAAGCGCAUGCAAGAAGAGAAAACAAGAGAGAUUGGCAAGCUAAAAGAAGAUCUACUCAGACAGAAAGAUUUUGAGCUGCAGCAGGUGCUGCUGUAUCGAGAGUCUGAGAGAAACCAGCAGCAUCAGACAGACCAACAGCAGACAGGGCAACAGAAAGUGCACAGAGUGGUGGAGACGCGAGAGAAAGGAAGAAGAUCACAGGGACGCAGGCUAAAGAAAGACAGAGAUGAUACUGUUGACAGUGAAGAGAACAGAGUUGAAAGAGAUGCAGACAAUGAUGUUGCAGUAGCUAGUGGAAAGCUAAGGACAAGGGCCAGCACUCUUCAUGAUGAGAGAAGAAAACAUCGAUCUGUUUUUGGCCGGUCGUCACUGGACCUUGAUUCCAAAGAUGGUGGGUCAUUAUCAGAACACAAACCUAGCAGUAGAGAACUAAAAGUGUCCAGAAGCCAGGAUGGGCUUGAAGAAGAAAAAGAAAAUAAUGGAAGACGACGUCAGGCAAGUGGCAUUUAUAGGAGGUUAGCAGAUAAAGUGGGAAGUGUUACUGUUUCCAGAAGUGAUGAUGCUGAUGAUUCUGUGCCCAUUAGCAUAGCUCCGGACAAUACAGCCAGCACGAUUAUGCUUCCUGCUGUUGGAAAUAAUGUCAUAAUAGCAGAAAAGACUCUGGGCAGCAAGAGUCUCUCAGUCACCCAAAAAGGCACCACUGUCACAGAUCCUCAGAUAGACCGGACCAUGGUGGAAAAGCAGACUCAGGUAACCCACCAAGACGUCAUUGAAGAAGAACAGACUCAAGUCAAAGAAAGAGAGACACGGCUGACAGAACUUCAGGAAAAAAUAACAGGUCUUGAAUCUGAGAAAUCUAUGUUGCUGAAACAGAAAGAUGAGACACAGACUUUACUAGAACAGAAACUUCGAGAGCAAGAGACAAAGAAUGAGGACAAAGAAAAAGAAAAGAUUCUUCAAAAAAAGCUGGGAGAGUUGACCACUCAUGUCCAGCGGCUGGAGCGCCGUAUUGCCUUGUUGAGAACAGAGAAUGAAGCAUUGAGAAAGAAACAAGAUGACCAAAAACCGCUGGAAGACAAGAUCAGGUCACUGAAGAAGCGCAAUGUAGAACUGGCAGCUAUUGCACGGAGACUGGAGGAGAAGGCUAAAGCUCUGCAGCACGAGAACACCAGGGCCAAAUCU